CGUCAUUCGAGUUCGGGUCUUUCAUGCGCAAGUACGUGGUUCCAUGUCUAAGCGUCAGUAUUGACUUUCUAUGCGCAGCGGUCGCAGCAUGAGGGAUCAAUGCGUCAAGUCGACACGCGACGCAGCGCUUGAAGCCAACUGUCCUAUGAAUGACCAUAUACUGAGAAUGACCGCCAUGUCAAGGCAUUCCUUCUGUAUGCCCACCAUUAUCCUUGGGUACUCCAUUCUGCUUGCCGGUGCGUUUCAACUGGGAUACAUCCGCGGCAGAGAAUCUCACCACUGUGUUUCGUUUCAUAUCCAUCACAACCAAGACGAGGACAACCAAAGCCAGGGUCAGAUGGCAAGAUGUACCUGUGUAUGCGGAAGCGAUCACCCUCUAUCGACUGCCCGUUAUUCUGAGAACACUAAGGACAACAAUGUUCACCAGAACCUGGAUAGACUCGAGGCAUACUUAAGCCCAAGAUUGAAAGUCAACAGCGACAUUCGGCUUUCUUUUGUCAACAAAAAGAGGUGCCCUCGAAAGCCUUACAGAUAGGCAUAGAUACCGAACUCUUUUGCACGCCAGACAACAGCAGCAAUAAAGCACAGAUGAAAACAAUAUACAAUCUGG